AUGUUUGGAUCCACAAUUUCAAAAUCGAAUAGAAGAAAAUUAACAAGAUAUCAUACAAUACAUGUAAAUUCAUCGAUUGAAACAGAAAUACUUCAUAAUAUUCCAAGUGUUUCACAAAUAGCUCCAUUACCAGAAAGUAAAUCACCUGGUAUUUUACCAAUUUUAAGUCUUGAUAGACGCGAUUCAUCAAAAUCAAUAGUAUCUGAUAGUGAAUUAUUACAAGAUACAGAAACAACAAAUGCUUCAAGUGGUCAUCAAUCGUCUAAUCGAAACCAUCUUGUUGGCGAAGUAUCAAGUCAAAAUUAUAAAGUAUAA